AUGAGCGUCCCCAUCGCCAAGUCCUUCUACGACCUGAGCGCCACCUCCUUGCAGGGGGAGAAGGUGGAUUUCAACGUGUUCCGGGGCCGCGUGGUCCUCAUCGAGAACGUGGCGUCGCUCUGAGGCACCACGGUGCGGGAUUACACCCAGCUCAACCAGCUCCAGGCCCGCUACCCGCGGCGGCUGGUGGUGCUGGGCUUCCCCUGCAACCAGUUCGGCUUCCAGGAGAACGGCACCAACGAGGAGAUCCUCAGCAUCCUGAAGCACGUGCGGCCGGGGGGCGGCUUCGAGCCCAACUUCACGCUGUUCCAGAAGUGCCAGGUGAACGGGACGGACACUCACCCUGUCUUUGCCUACCUGAAGCUCCAUCUCCCUACUCCAGCCGACGAGGCAUCGACCCUCAUGUCGGAGCCGCGGUUCCUGUCCUGGAGCCCCGUCCGGCGCUCCGACAUCUCCUGGAACUUCGAGAAGUUCCUGGUGGGGCCGGAGGGGGAACCGUUCCGGCGCUACAGCCCCCGUAUGGCCACUGCUCAGCUGGAGCCUGACAUCCAACGGCUCCUCAAGCUGGCCAAAUAGAGCCCGCAUCCCACAGCCCGCUUCCCUCGGGAUGCUCCCAGCUCUCCGCCGGGUGAUGGUCCCCUCCGAAACCACCGCAGGGAGGGGGCUGGAUG